AUGAAAGAAGUUACUUCCGUAGUACCUCCGUCCCCCACAAUAACCGCCAGCGUUGAUGUUACUGCUGAUAUGGAGCUUAUGGGUGCUACGAAUCGAGACAUGUUUUCGUGGUUGUUAUUCAAUUCGGAGAACAUGUCGGCACCUACAAGCAUAGGCAGUCAUUCCGUUGUAGAUCAUACACAAGCACUAGAUUAUCCAUUUCGUAUGCUUGGCCCUGGAGACGACACGAGUCUGUCUCUGGCGCUAAAUGCAACGACUUCGACACCUCUUGUUCAGACGGAUGCGGUUGUGGAAGCAUUACCAGCCAUGACACCUGCUACUACUACAGCACCAGCGACGAUGUCUGCACCUACGAAACCUGUAAAGACCAAGCGGGGGAAGAAACGUGCAGCUAUGGAGGCGCUGGAUAUGACCAAGGACUUGAACGCCAAGAGUUUGACCAAUACGGAGGGCUUAUUGCGCCAUCUUGAGAGCGCAAACAAUGCACUGGUGCAGAAACGUCAAGCUGUUCAUAAAGACACGUCAACUUUGACUGCAAAGUCGCCCAAGACGGAGAAAUCGUCUUCUAGUAGUGGCAGUGACAAUAAUACCGGGGAGGUGACUAGUCUUCAGCGUAAGCUCAAGCUUGAGCGGAACCGAGAAUCGGCACGUGAGUGUAGACGCCGCAAGAGAGAGCAUAUCUUGGGCGUCGAGGAGCGGUGCCGUCAACUGGAGCGUGAGAAUAUGGAGUUACGUGGACAGCUGAAGGCUGGAAAAGAGGCCAUCCGACAAGAGGAAAAGGAGAAGAACCGCGUGUGCGAAGAGCUCGAGCAGAUGAUCCAGUGUGGUGCCUCUGAGAAGGAAUUGGCCGAGAAGAUUGAAAGUUUCAAGGAGAAGUACUCGGAUUACGGCCAUGGCCGUCGCUCGGCGCUGAGCUAUCACCUCCACCAGAUUGAGCGACUGCUCUUACCCACGCAAGUAACGAAGAUGUGCAUCUGGGCCCUUCGCCAAGAUGACAGCUUUUGGCAGGACGAGGAGGACGAGACCAGUCUACCAGUCAUUUUGGCGAAGGAGCUGGGGCUGAGCGAGGAACAGAAAAAGAAGAUUCAGCAACAGCGGGGAUCGAUCUCGCUGAUCUGCGAGAAUCUUAAAAGCGCCCUGGGACUACUGGGAGAGCUCAAGACGGAAGUGACGAACAAAAAUUCCACCCUAGAUAUGGAGAUGGACAAACUGCAGAAUAUCCUUACCCCUACCCAACGCGCCAAGUUUAUUGUGUGGGUGACCAACAACCAAGCGUGUAUGCACUUGCUAAACAAGCUGUGGCGAAGUGUGCUAUGA